GCCUGUCAGCGGCCGAGCAAGGCUUUGCCUCACUCGCCUGCCGCUCCGGGCCCUCAGCAGCACGAGAGGUUGUGGUGCGGCAGGAUGAGUGCAGGUUCCGACCCCGUGGUGAUCGUCUCGGCGGCGCGGACCGUUAUAGGCUCCUUCAAUGGUGCCUUGUCCACCGUCCCUGUCCACGACCUGGGCACAACGGUCAUCAAAGAAGUCCUGAAGAGGGCCGCUGUGGCUCCCGAAGAGGUGUCAGAGGUCAUAUUUGGACACGUUUUGACAGCAGGUUGUGGGCAGAAUCCCGUUCGACAAGCCAGCAUGGGUGCAGGAAUCCCUUACUCUGUUCCAGCAUGGAGCUGCCAGAUGGUCUGUGGGUCAGGCCUCAAAGCCGUAUGCCUUGCAGCCCAGUCAAUAGGGACAGGAGACUCUAAUAUUGUGGUUGCAGGAGGCAUGGAAAGCAUGAGCAAGGCUCCUCACUUGGUUCAUUUGAGGGCAGGAGUCAAGAUGGGGGAAAUGCCACUGAUGGACAGUAUACUCUGUGACGGGCUUACCGAUGCAUUUCACAACUACCAUAUGGGCAUUACGGCUGAAAAUGUAGCCAAAAAAUGGCAAGUGAGUAGAGAAGAUCAGGACAAGUUUGCAGUUUUGUCCCAGAACAGGACAGAGAGUGCACAGAAAGCUGGCUAUUUUGACAAAGAGAUUAUACCAGUUUUUGUGUCUUCUAGAAAAGGUCUUACUGAAGUGAAAACAGAUGAGUUUCCUCGCCAUGGGACCAACAUAGAAGCCAUAUGUAACUUGAAGCCUUACUUUCUCAAAGAUGGAACAGGAACAGUCACCCCAGCUAAUGCUUCAGGAAUAAAUGAUGGUGCUGCCGCUGUGGUUCUUAUGAAGAAGUCAGAGGCCGACAGUCGAGGGCUUACACCUUUAGCACAGAUAGUUUCCUGGUCACAAGUAGGUGUGGAGCCUUCCAUUAUGGGGACAGGACCAAUUCCGGCAAUAAAGCAAGCUGUUGCAAAAGCAGGUUGGUCACUGGAGGAUGUGGACAUAUUUGAAAUCAAUGAAGCCUUUGCAGCCCUGUCUGUUGCAGUAGCUAAAGAACUUGGAUUAAACCCAGAGAAGGUCAACAUUCAAGGAGGGGCGAUAGCCUUGGGCCACCCUCUUGGAGCAUCUGGCUGUCGGAUCCUUGUUACCCUGUUACACACAAUGGAGCGAAAGGGUGGACAUCGUGGUGUGGCUGCCCUAUGCAUUGGGGGUGGGAUGGGAAUAGCAAUGUGUGUUCAGAGAGGAUGAAAUUGCUUAAUGAAUCAUGCCGAAACUAAACUGAAACCUCAUCUCUUCUUAAGCUAACAAGGUACUAAAUUGUAAUAUGUGAAAUCAGAGGACCAAAGUGAGGAUGGAAACCAUCUUUCAUAAGAACCCAAGGCUUGACAGCUUGUUAUUUUUAUUAAUG